AAAGGCUCCAUCCUCUGCCCUGAGUCACCCAAAGAUUCCUCCCCCCCAUACACACACUCUGGCCCCUCCAAUGUGACUAUACAUGACAACCAUGGCCUUUUAAGAACAUCUGAGCAUCUUUCUCAUACACAUAAGAGAACCUGAAUGCUUGUUCUCUUCUCACUCCAGCUCCCCUGGCCUUUCAUUACCUGGGAUUCACUGAGGCCCUUUGCACAUCCUACUCACGUUGGUUCAGCAUAUACUUAUGAAACACUGGUUUGUGCCAGACACUGAGCCAAGAAGGGAGCCCAGCAUGGUUCCUGCCCUCCUGGUGCUUCCAUCAUGGGGGGGAAAUAUAAUAAAUAAGUGAACAAGAUGAUUUCUGGCAGUGUUAAGUGUGAUGAAGAAAAUAAAACAAGGUGAUGUGAUCAAGAAUGAGGGGACACUGGGGCGCCUGGGUGGCUCAGUCAGUUAAGCAUCUGCCUUCGGCUCAGGUCAUGAUCCCAGGGUCCUGGGAUCGAACUCCAUGUUGGGCUCCCUGCUCAACUGGGAGUCUGCUUCUCCCUCUGCCACUUCCCCUGCUUGUGCUUUCUCUCUGUCAAAUAAAAUCUUUAAAAAACAAAACAAAACAAUGAGGGGACACUUAGAGUCGGGCAAGGUGACUAGAAAGAACAGGUCAAAGGAAAGCCUAGGGGAAAGGAUUUCAAACAGUGGGAAGAGCACCUGCAAAAGCCCCAGGUGUGAAAGAAUUUUAUGCCUAAGGACCAGCUGGGGGAACUCCUUGUGGCUGUCUGGUGGGUGUAGGCAGAGUGGUUUGAGAUGGGCCUGGGGCUGUGGCGAGGGGGGUGGAUUUUGUUCCAGUGCAGAGGGAAGCCACUGGAGGCUUUAAGCAUGAGAGUGACAUCAUCCGAUUUUAUGCUUUUAAAAGAUCAGGCUGGCAGCUGUGUUCCUCCCUCUCGCUCACCGCUGACCCCCCAGGGCCUAGCAAUGCUCCUGCCCUUGGUGAGUGGUCAAAACAGGCCUUGAAUGAAUGCAUGCCCCGGACUUCCUGUGUGACCUGGAGGUACUCACUUCUCUCCCUGGACCUUAGUUUCCUCACCCGAGGGACAGUCGGUGGGAAUUUCACGCCAGAGUGGGUGGGCGGGAUUUGGAUUUAGGUUUCCCGCCUCCCCAAACGGCCCCCCGAGACCCGAGCCCCCCACUUGAGGAGACGAGCUGCGGGGCGGGGGGGAGGUCUUCCCUCCUGGCGACCCUAAGCAACGCGGGGCGGCCCCACCCCGGCCUGGACCGCGGUCUGAAGGAUGCUGCAGCCCCGGGGGCGGGACCCGCAGGCGAUCGCCACCGCCUCCCGCGCGGAUUGGGUGCAGCCGUGGCCGGCACCGCGCUAUUGGUCGGUCCAGGAGCAGGGGCGGGGACCGGCUCCUGCAGCGCGGCGGCGGGGACGCGGCCGGAGCCCGGGAAGCUGCUGCGGGGGCGAUGGCCGCACCGAGCCCGGGGCCCCGCGAGGUAGGUGCGGACCCAAGAGAGGACAGGAGAGGGAAGGGUUGGGGGACAGGGCCCAGGCCUCUGCUCCCCGUGCAGCGCGGACACACCCCCAUCCAAGCCCUAGAGGGGUCCAGCACUGGGCGGGGACCAGAGCACGCCCCACACGGGGCCGCAGGUAUGGAGGGGGAAGUCUGGUGGGUGUCCCCAGAGAACUUCCUCGGUUUUCGCAUCGGGGAAAAAGCUCCUCCUUCAUAGGGCUGUUAGCAAGUCAAGCUCUCGGCCAGGGCUGGGCACAUGGUGGGUGCCCACUACGAAUGGGUCAGCCGCUGUGAGCCCAGCUUCGUGCUGACCCUCCGCUCGGCCUGGAGGAACUCCGCAUAGACGAGCGGAAUAGAUGACCGAGUCCCUGGCGUCACAGCUCCUCGUAUCAAGGGUUCCUGGGCUUGGAGCAAAUAUCAAACUGCCACGAAGGAGUUAUUAUAGUUGUCAUUUUACAGAUGAGAAAAGGAGAUGCAGAAAGGUUAGGUGACUUACCUAAGAUCAUACAGCUGGUGAGAGACAGGUUUGGUUGCGGAAAGCAUUCUCUACCUACUGAUAACAAUUCUAUUCUGGGUGCUGACAGCAUGCCAGGCACUGCGUGGCCCAUCACAACACCCAGUGAGGUGGGUACCAGCAUUAUCCCUGUUUUACGACCGAGGAAACUGAGGCAGAGAGCGAUAAUAGGAGGGCUCACAAGUAUCGGAGGUGGGACUCAAACCCAGGUCUUUCCCCUAUGGGAUGCUUCCAUGUGCUCAUUGCUUCUUGUGCCUCCUGCCACCAGGUCCUGGCCCCCUCCCCAGAGGCUGGACGCAGAGCAGCCACCUCGACCUCUGGCCGCCGUGGCCUCCUCUGGCGUCUUCGAGACAAGCAGGCUCGCCUUGGCCUGUUUGAGAUUGGCCCGGGGCAUGAGCUGCACCAGCUGACAUGCAUGAUGCAGACAGGGCUGUGGGCUGCCACCCAGGUCUCCAUGGACCACCCACGCACAGGACCGCCCACUGAGGAGGAUUUCUGCGAGGUCCUGACCCAGGUUCACGAGGGCUUCGAGCUGGGCACCCUGGCUGGCCCAGCCUUCGCCUGGCUGCGCCACUCCCUAGGCCUGGCCGAGGAGGACUAUCAGGCGGCGCUUGGCCCAGGUGGCCCCUACCUGCAGUUCCUCAGCACCUCCAAGAGCAAGGCCAGCUUCUUCCUGUCCCACGACCAGCGCUUCUUCCUGAAGACCCAGCGGCGUCGGGAGGUGCGGGCCCUGCUUGCCCACCUGCCCCGCUACGUGCAGCAUCUGCAGCGGCACCCGCACUCGCUACUUGCGCGGUUGCUGGGAGUGCACAGUCUGCGGGUGGCUCGGGGAAAGAAGGAAUUCUUCAUCAUCAUGCUGAGCGUCUUCUAUCCCGCCGGCCGCAUCUCUGAGAGGUAUGACAUAAAGGGCUGUGAGGUGAGCCGAUGGGUGGAGCCAGCCCCUGAGGAUAGCCCCGUUGUCCUGGUGCUGAAGGACCUCAACUUUCAAGGCAAGACCAUCGACCUGGGGCCCCAGCGGAGCUGGCUCCUCCACCAGAUGGAACUGGACACCGCCUUCCUCCGGGAACUCAACGUGCUCGAUUACAGCCUCCUGAUGGCCUUCCAGCGUCUCCAUGAGGAUGAGAGGGGCCCAGGCAGCAGUCUCAUCUUCCGCACGGUCAGGUCUGUGCAAGGGGUACAGAGCCCGGAGGAGCCGGGAUCCCAGAACCGCCGGCUGCUGCCCGACACCCCCAACGCCUUACACAUCCUGGACGGGCCGGAGCAACGCUAUUUCCUGGGCCUCGUGGAUCUCGCCACGGUGUACGGGCUCGGCAAGCGGCUGGAGCACCUAUGGAAGACGCUGCGCUACCCGGGCCGGACCUUCUCCACCGUCAGCCCCGCUCGCUACGCCCGUCGCCUCUGCCAGUGGGUGGAGGCACACACCGAGUGACCAGCGCCCGCGGCGCUCCGCAUCUGGACAAUGGGCACACGCCGGGAACCAGAGUUCCAGCCUGGCCCCGGCGGCGGGUUGGGCUCCCCUCGCCUGCCGUUCCUCCCCUUGGCCUCCAGAGGGCAGCAUCCCCUAACUAAUACCAUGACAACACAGCCUCAUUUGGCGGCGAUGCCGAGUUCGGCCUUGUGCCAGGGACUCUCCUAUGUUAGCUCGUUUAAUCCUCAAAAAAAAAAAAAAAAAAGCUAUUAUUCUCUUUUUACAGACCAUAAAAUGGAGGCUCAGGGGGUGAAGGGACUGAGCAAGAUCAUUCAGCAAUAAAUGCUGGAACCAGGACUCGACUAUGCCUUUUGGACUCAGGAGCCUGUAUUCUUACCCACCAGCUCCCUCAGCCCUGGCCUCGUGCUCUGGGGAAGGGGGGAGGCUGAAGGCUCCAGCCGAGCGCCUUGGUCAUCCAGAUGGGGAAACUGAGGCCCAGAGACUUUAAGGGGCUUACCCAUGGGUAAGUGGAAAGGCCAGCCCAAGAACCCAGGCUUCCUUACCUUCUGCCCACUGGUCUCCUUUUGGGGUGGUCCCCCUCGCUCCUGCUCCUCAAGGGAUGCAGGUGGGAGAAGGGGAGGUAUUGUGGGCCUGCAACUCUGGAAGACACUAUGUUGAGGCCCACUAUUAAUCUUGAAUAAGCUCUUCCCUCCUCUGGGAGUCACUUCUCAUCUGUGAAAUGGGGGUAGGGGUUGGUGGUCAGACCGAGGGUAUGGCCGCACUGCAAUUACCAGGAGCAAAGAAGCACAGUGCGUGCAUAGCCCCUGAUCAUUCCUUCUUCUCCCUCCAGGAAACUCCAGCCUGGCCUCUGACCCUGGUCCAAUCCAACCAUACCCAAGUGGGCCUUUCCUCUAGAGCUGCUCCAGGGCCUGGCUGUGUGUGUGAUCAGGGCAAGGUGCUACACCUCUCUGUGCCUCAGUGGUCUAAUCUGUACAACUGGAAGCAUGAAAAUGGACUUUAUUAACUCAUUAAAUAUUUAUUGAGCACCUACCAUGUGACAGAUCCUCUA